GCCACUCUUCCGGUUUAAAACGGAUAUGGCGGUGCUCGGUGUGUGGACGCCAUCAACAGAAAUGCUGCCUUCAAAUGUGAAAUUUCAAAGGUUUUUCUGCUUUUUAACGCGCUGAGUCGCGUCUGUAAUGAAGCCACUCAUACAGAUGGAUGUGCCCCGCACACAAAUCUCGACCAGAGGCCGUUACUUCUCCGAAAACCCAAACGAUUACGUGCAACUUGACGUUAACGCUAGCUAGCGAUUUUGUGUCUCUAAGUAACGCAGAGUAACGUUGACUGAGAUUACCCUGAAAGUUUGGAGGCGGCUGGUUGAUUCACCUGAAGUCUGUGCUACAGGCAGCCAGGACUUGUGGACAGAGGCUACCCAGAGUUUGCAUAGACCGACUCCUUAUGUCUGAAGACUCGAGCAGCGAUGACGAAUGGUGUGCAUCCACAAAAAGGAAAUGUUGGGAAUGUGGCAAGAAAUUCAGCAACAUUACAAGUUUGAUGUCACACUACAGAAGCCACGAUAUCAAAGCCACCUGUCACAUCUGCAAGGUUACUUUCAGGCGCCUGACCUCGCUCUCCACGCACUUGGAUAAUGCACACUCGCCACCCUUCUGCAAAAAGUGCGAUCAGUCGUUCAGCAAUGUGUGGGAGUUGAACAAGCAUGCAGAGAGACAUUGCAUGGACUCAGCACUAUUUCAGGAGGCUCCCUCUUUGAUUUCUACAGUCAUAUACCAAAGUCAGAACCGUGACAACUUUUUAAAUGCGGUGACUGCACAGCAAAGUGCAAACUCAGUACUGCGUGACUCGGAGCUGAAACCUCAACAAACAACUGAGAUGAAGCCUGCGAGACAUGAGACACCUGAAAACAGUGUGGAGUAUAUAGUGGGUGAAGAUGACAACGAUGCUGACAUGGAAAGGGAUUGCAAGAAGGCAGAUGAUUCAACAAGCUCUGAAUCCGAUGAUGAAGAUAAAAUGCACUCCAAACCUGCAGGGUCUUGUCCCGAUGAUCCAGAAUCAGAUGGUGGCUCAAGUUCGACUGAUUGCUCCAGUGACUCUCCUAUUAGUCCACCAUCUAAAAACACCAGUUCAGUCCAAUCUAGUAUUAAUAGUUCAGUAUGUGCUACCUGUGGUAGAGGACCAUUUAAGUCUAUGAAGCUUCAUUUGCUGCACUGUAGUGGUGUGAGGGUGAAAUAUCAGUGUUCACUGUGUAAGGAGCUCUUUCUUACUCAGACGUCUCUUAAUGAACACUACAUGCCUUUGUAUACUUGUGACGUCUGUGGCCAAGUUUUCUCUCACGAGACGGCGUACAAUAACCACCAGUGUCCCAAAGGGAGCAAAUCACCUUUGGCGCUCUUUUGUUCUGAGUCGAUGCCGCAAGCAUGUAACAUAUGCAAAUGCUUUUUCACCUCUGAGAAAACUUUGUUUAACCACGUCACCAGAGUUCACUCGUCAGUGGUCAGCACCAAGGUAUGCAUCAUUACCAAGCCAUCAGCGCUGACUGAUAAAAAGCUCUUGCCAGGUGUCGGCGGCACAGCAGCCCAGUCAGCAAUCAGUAGUCCAAAUGUAGCCAACCAGGUCAUUAAUGGAAAGCUCUGUGUUGGCGAUACCUAUGCAGGGUCACUGUCGGCUGUUGUGAAAGCUAGCCUUUCCUCUUUCUCGACCUCCUCCUCCCACCCAGGCAGACCUCCUGAACCGAUAUGUUUGUUGUCUGCUGCUGCACCUGUUCGAUCAGAGAAAGACUGUGCACUAGGUCAGCCAAGCAACCAGCCUUCAAGCGAUCUUCCUGCCCCUGGUGCCACUGACGCAACUCCAGCCACUGAAGCUUCCGAUCGCGCCCCCACCCGAGUGCCCACAAUUUUGGCCAUGUUUGAGAACGACAGCCAGGACGUGGCUUUGAUGAAACGUAUGAACACCGGCUGGCGCUCUAAGGCCCCUUACCCUUGCAGGCAGUGUGGUGCCAUCUUGCGGCAGCCAUCCCUCAUCAUCAGCCAUCGCUACCUCCACCGAGGCCACCGCUCCCACCAGUGCCAGUGCGGCAGAGCUUUCAAGCACCGGCUGCACCUCCUGCGACAUUGUGUUCAGCACGCCGAGACCAAAAGUUACAUCUGUGUGAGCUGUGGGGAGACUUUCAGAGGAGCAAAACUCUUAGCCGACCACAUGAAGGGCAAAUCCCGUUCUGGACAUAAACGGAAAUGUAAAGUUAAGACAAAGUGCAGAGUGCCCUUUACAUGCGACUGUGGACAACUCUUUUUUAGGCCUUCGGCUUACAUAUGGCACCAACUUCAAAACAGGACAGAAACGAAACGAUUGAAGAAGCCCUUGAAAUGACUUGAAACACUAACUCAUCUAUCUUUUUAUCCACGAUUUCUGCUGCACAAUUUUUAAAACAAGGUGUCAAAUCAAAAGGGAUCCUUCACACGUCAUCUGAUUGUCACCGUUGAAGUUUAAUUUUUGUAUAACCGAGUGACAAAAUCGAAGCAAAAUCACACACAGACAUUCAUUCUUAAUGGCUUUUAAUUAUAAGCAUGUCCUGGAUGGUUGUUAUCAUGUUUUCAGCGUGUGCAAAUGAUACAUAGUAAACAGGGUUUGAACAAAUUCCUCAACAGUUUUUUUUUUUGUUUUUUUUUCAGUAUUGGCUUAAGUUAAAACUCCAGUUUAUCCUCCAGAGAGAGAGAGAGAGAGUUAGUCCAGUUUUGCUAUUUUUUUUCCAACAAAGUGCAUUUUUUACAGUGAAGUUUGUACAGGAGUUUAUGUCCUCUUGUUUUUUUGUUUUUUGUUUUUUUCCAGAUGUUGUUUCAGAACAAUUACAGCCAAUUCAAAUAAUGUAGAGGGGAUUUGGGGAUUCAGGCAUCUGACUUUUUUUAUGGUUGUUACACAAUGUAAUCUUUUAAAAUUUUAAUUAUGUUAACGGUCCACAUUACAUAUUUAGUUUACUCAACCCAUGUCCACUAGAUGGAGCUGUUGGGAUGUUUUAAAGAUGAGUUUAGAAGGCAAUUUACGCUCAAGUUUCAUUGUUCUCAGAACAGGUGUAAACUGAUGAUUACAACCCUAUUUGUAGACAUUAAUAUAUGAGUCGACAUAUUUUUUAAAUCCCAAACACUUUGAAAUAAAGGUUUCUUUCAACAUUA